CUUCAUCGUCGACAAAUGUCAUACCUCUUCUGGUCAUCCUGUGCUCCUUGUAAAAUACAUAAAAGUUUUAUAUAUAAUAAUAACUAAAAACGAACACACACAUGAAGAGACAAUGAAUCUAGACUGGUUGUACACGUGCCCCCUUGAGAAGAGAGUGCCAUGCAACCCUAGCAAUUGAGGCCACUACAAUUGAGGGCAUGCAGUAUAAUAUAGUCCAGGUAUAUUCAUGUGCUUCAUCUAAGGACUAAGAUAUAUCAUAUAUGAAAUAUAGAAUUCAAUGUCAAUAAUGCAUGUUUUUGUGUGUUUCAUUUGUUUCUUAAUCAAGAUAUAACCUCAAUACACUGAAAAUGAAGAUCAUGACCCAAUACCAAACGGUGAUUUGAUGACAAUUAAGAUGCAACAACCAACCUAUGUCCUUACUGGUUCGAUACUCUAUAACUCGAUUCAUAUGAUUGUUUGUGACUGUAGUUGAUUCCUAUAAAAGUUGUGUUUUGUUCUCUCCUUGUUUUUUAAACAAGGCUAAGUAGUAUAGAGUCAUAGAUCGAUCUUUUGCCCUGCCGCAUUCCAAUUCAUCGAAGCCUGUUUAAUCAUGUUGAUUUAGAUAGCUCAAGGAAUACUAAAUUCAAAUAUGAGAUUUCUAUCGAGGAGAGAGGUUAAUUUUGUGAGCACCAUAAGCUAGUUGGAGUGAAUUUAUGGAUAUAUAUAUUAAUAAGCUCAAUGUGACACAUGUCAUGACCAGAUUUGUUGUGAUAUGGGGCUUGGGGAGGAUGUGAUAUUUUUAUGUGAUUCGAUAGCCCAAUUGGGUUUAUGUGUAUUUGAGUUUACAAGACACGUGUUGGCAUGCAAGUGGGGUUGUAGAGGGGCCAUAUGUUGACUUAUUAGAUUGUGCGUUUGUGCCUUGUGGAGGGGACGUUUUUGUUGCAUAUAAUUAAGGGCCGUUUGGAGCAAGAAGGGUCCAAUGGCAAUAGUAACUCUCUCAGAUAGCUAUUUCUGUUUUGGCUGUAUGAACAACUGUCACUCAAUGACACAAUUGUUAAGUCCCCACAGUUGCAAACAUAAUUGUUACACAAUUGUUAGAUGGAGAUUCGAAUAUAUCCUCUGUCAAAUCAAUUUUGAUAUCAUGUUAUAAACUGAUUGGUACGAAUAAUUUGAGUUAUUGGAGAAGUUAACUAUUAAUUUUAACCAUUCCUUCCUCGCACGCUUGUUCAAACGAAAACUAACUCUCAUAAGGUUGAAGUCAAUCCGUACAGGCUUGCCAUAACCAAAAAAUUUAAACCAAUUGUUAAUAUUGGAGGAUAUGGGGAUUUGAACUUGCACGAUCAAACCAUCUGUGAUAUCAUGACAUUAACCGUUUUGAUCUCAACAACUCGAAUUACUAGGGUGGAACACAGAUUUAACCAUACCCCAACAAAACUGCAUCUUGUGUAAGGCUUCUGGUCUCAAUUGAGUGGACACUCAAAUUUUGGGUAACACUUGAAUAUUCUUGGUAUGGUUUUCCUCUAAUAAUACAGUACUCUCAUUCAUUAACAUACCGUUUGGUACCAAAUGAACCAAGAAUUCAUUUCAUUUUAAAAUGAAUUAUCGUAUAGAAUUCAUUGUCAAAUGAAUUCCUAUGUUUGGUAUGUCACAUUCAAAUCUUUAGAAAUAAAAUGAUUUGAAUAUCCAAACCUUGUUUCGCAUACGUUUAGAAUUCAAUUAAAUUAAAAGUUUCAAACUACACCUUUAUUAGAUUUCCGGCAGAAACAAUAUUCAUUGAAAAUCCAUCUUCUAAAAAUCGCCUUUGAUCUCAUACGUAGAAUAUCAAAAGUGUUCUUGUGUGUUCCUAUUCUAUUCAUUAGUUCUUUUCAAAUAUUUUAUCAAGAACUCUACGCUCUAGUUGUGCCUUCUCAACGUACUGAUAUACAAUUGAAGCAGAAAUAUCCCAUAACUAGCAUAUGCUACAAGCGUUGCAAAACAAAUUCUUGUCGACGUUCCUCAUACUGCAUGAAUUGGCGCCAUAUAAUACAUGUAGAAGUAAUUUAGUUAAUAAUUGAGGAUAAUUAUGUUAUUAUAUUAUAAUUAGUAAAUAAUUGUGGAAUUAAUUUGGAAAUUCUAUCUCGAUUCCUCGGAAUUGCUAUAACUAGUUCCAAUUUUGUAGAAUUCAAAAUUUAGAAUUGAAAAUGAAUUCUUUUAAAUAUCAAACACAAAAAUAUUUCAUUUCAAAAUGAAAUCCUUAAAAUUUAGGAUUUUGCUACGGUGACAUGCAAGUUGUACAUGUUGGAAGUGGUCGACCUAAUGUAGCAUUCGCCUUCAUCUUUUCUAAUGCGUGAUUUCCACCGUCUAAUUUGAUAUAUUGUUUCGUGCAGAAUACCAUUCGGUCGACCUUGACAUCAACCAGGUCGACCUGACGAGACAAUUCUUCGGAUUUGAAUUUAGGGCACAACACUUGGACUUCUGUACUUGCGAGGUAACGAAGAUCAACCCAAUUGGUCGACCUAAUGUGUUUCAAGGUCGACCGUUUCUGUUUGUUUUGGUUAUUCAACCUGAAUGUCGACUUUGGCUUCGUUUGUAAGACUGUGUUGUGCUUGAAAAGGUCGACCUCGCCAGAUAUCUGGUCGACCUAUCCUUUUUUCGGUUUAAUAUUGAACUUACUUUUUGUUGUUAAUUGUUAUUUUCCUGUUGGAUAGGUCGACCUAGGAAGAACAGAGGCCGACCUUAAUGGUUGUGGUAGUCACUAUUUGUCUUCCCGGUCGACCUAAUAAUUUGUCAGGUCGACCACGUCUUUGUUUUUUGGUCAAUUGUAGAAAUUUGUAGUUGAAUUAUGAUUUGAAUUUUUCUUUAAAUUGUUUAGACGAUGACGCAUGAUGAGAGAUUGCAUCAAGAUUUGGGUGAAAUCAUGAAAUUGUUGAAAGCCACACAAGAGAAGCUGGUGGUGUGUCAAACACAAGUCAAUGACUUUCAGAAGUCCAUGCGUGAUAGAGUGGAGCAAUUGUCCGUUCGACUGACAGAUAUGACUGGGAUGAUGCAUGACGGGUUUGAGAGGCUAGAAGGUGCUAUCAAUGAUAUAAGUGCAGAACGAAUGGAGAAUGGCGGAAGAGAUGGUACAUGAAAGAAAUUUGACUUUGGUAAAGAGGAGGAAGACCAUGAUGACUCUGAAAAUUGCUACCAAAGCAUAGACGAUUUAUUGAAAGAGCACAAUUUAAAGGUAUCCAAGUAUAUUCAUAUGUGAUUGAAUAUAUUAGUAUUACUAUCAUUAGUGCUAAUUUGUUUUGUUUAUAUGUUUGACAGAGUGACACAACGAAUGGCAGCAAGGGGUCCUCUCCUUAGUACAAGAGACCUCGAUAUGAAAGUGACUCCUACACCACUCCACAGAAGGAUCAUUUUGUAAGAAAUGGAUUAUUUAGUGCUGAUAGCGAUGAAGAUGAAUCUAAGAGUCCUUUCGAAAACCACGGGGUAAGUUUACGUUACAUAUUCAUCUAUAAUGUGUGUUUGUGUUCAUAUGUUACUUUAAUUUUAACUAUGAUUUGUAGGUCAUGAAAGUGGAGGGUCCAGAAGGAUUCACCCAAAAACUUCAAAAUCCAGUUGAAGACUUGUAUUAUGUUGUUACUAAAGAGAAGGCUGGGGACACGAAUUUGGACAAGUAAGACGUUUUUUAGUACGUGUGGUCGACCGUUUAGGUCAUGAGGUCGACCGUUUGUCCAAUAAGGUCGACCUGUACGUUGCAAAUCACAAUUGACAUUUCUGUUAUUUUGAUUUUUGCAGUUUGACCGUUGUGGACUUUUUUUUUUGAAAACGUGCAACGACAUUAUUUGAGUUCGGUCAUUAGCGAGAAUAGCUGGGUUUGCUCAUCAGUAAGUACUAUACUACUACGACUUUCGUAUGAAUUGUGCACUAUUAAUGUUACGAUUUACGAUGAUUUUGUGUUUGAUUGUUGGAUGGUAGGUAGUGGAUUUGUGUGCAAGGGCACUGACAAUGUCUGAAAAACUUGAUGUGAAAGAGCCAAAUGUGUGGUAUUUGCCAAAUAUGUUUUCGGUAAGAGCUGUAAUGUCAAAUUAUUUGUCAUAACCUAGUUAUUUAUAUUGUACCAUGUCAAUUCAUCUCAAUUAAAACAUGGUGCAGAAAAUGGUACGCGCUAACAUGAAGAACAGACAAAUUCGUAACAAGUUGAUGAAUGAUGGCGUGGUGUUUAUGCCGAAUGUUAGUGCAUGCUAGAAGGUUAGUCUAGUCAACGUCCCUAUAUCAUUAAAUUUCAAAAGUGCAUUUGUUUGUAUUCGCUGUUUAUAACAUAUAGUGAGUGUUUCGUUGCUAGAUAUUUAUGUCAGUUCUUGACGAUGAAGCACGUCAUUGGUUUCUGUAUCUCGUCAAUGUCCAGCAAAAAACUGCAUUUUUGCUUGACAGUCUCCCUUCAACUAGUGAGGCGAAUCGUAGGUGUAAAUCAGCACUAUGCAAGAAAUUGGUAAGUGUUUC